CUGCACUUGACAAACUUUGUAAUUUUUGUAUUGCUACUUUCAUUGUACAAACUUUAUUUCCACUUUCGCUCUCUCAAAAUUCAAUUAGGUUGAGCAAACAAAAAACAAUUAGAAACAGCCAUGGCAGGUCUUACCGAAAAGAAGCUGCGUACCGAAAGCGCAGCCACGAAGCAGCAGCAAAAGCCGGCGGGGAGCCGUCUGUUUGAUCCGUACAGAGCCAUUGGCUAUAUUACCAGCAACAUACCGCACUCUAUCCAGUACCGGGGCCAAUCGGCGUUCAUUACAACUGGUAUUGGACGGUCAUUCCAUGUGUACGAUGCGGACAAAAUUACCCUGCUGUUCGUAGGCCCGCACUUUGCCGCCGAUAUCACAUCGGUCAUCUCGAUCGGCGACGAGACUUUUGCGUCUUCGGGCGGCCAGGUGACGGUCUGCCGCCGCGGAAAAAAGGUGUGUGAUCUGGAGGCUGUGAACCGCGGCGAGAUCAGCAACUUGAUGCAGUUUGGCGACCACAUCAUGGCGAUCAGCGAGGACAACACAGUGGUCAUUUGGAACAAGGACACCCGGGAGCUAUUUACCGAGAUCGAGUUCCAAAGCGAGUCGUUCCAGGUGACGUCUAUAGUGCACCCGAGCACAUAUGUGAACAAGGUUGUCAUUGGAAGCGCCCAGGGAACCAUGCAGGUGUGGAAUAUCCAGACUCGCCGGUGCCUGUACGAAUUCAAGAGCUUUGGCAGCGGCAUCUCAUGCAUGGCUCAGACGCCGGUCAUUGAUGUUUUGGCUUUGGGCCUGCUCGAUGGGCGCGUGCUCUUGCACAAUGUCAAGCAGGAUCGCGCGGUCAUGCAGCUUAGCCAGGAGGGCCGUGUCACUGCAGUCUCAUUCCGCACGGACGACGUGCCAAUGAUGGCCACUGCCAACGCCGAGGGCGAUGUGGCCCUAUGGGACCUCAACAACAAGCGCCUUCUGCACGUGCUGCAGGGCGCACACGACAGUUCGAUCCCAUCGAUUGACUUCCUCACCGGGCAGCCGAUGCUGGUGACAUCAAGCGCCGACAACUCGAUCAAGCACUGGCUCUUUGACGGCCAAGACGGCGUUCCCCGUCUUCUGCGUCACCGCAGCGGCCAUUUCUCUGCGCCGCAGUUAAUCAGGUACCACGAUGAGCAAGGGUUCAAUAUUCUGAGCGCCGGUCGCGACCGCGCGCUGCGGCUGUUCUCAGUGAUCCGCGACUCGCAGAGUGUCGAGAUGUCCCAAGGAUCGCUGGCCCAUGAGGCGCGCACACGGAACAUCAAGAUUAGUCAGCUGCGCCUGCCACAGGUCACGCAGUUUGCGUCUAACCCGGCCAUGACCAGGGACUGGGAUGAUGUGAUUACCUGCCACCAGGGCAGCAAAGACGCACACACAUGGUCGACGGAGCGCAAGGCGCUGGGCAAGUACACGGUUCAGUCGCCGGACUCGUCCAUGAUCAAGUCAGUCGCUAUCAGCGCAUGCGGAAACUUUGGCUUCCUCGGUCUUGCCUCGGGUAGCAUCGUGAUGAUCAACAUGCAGUCCGGAUUGACGCGCCGCACCUUUGCCGGCCACAGCAAGCCUGUCACCGGCAUUCAGACAGACGCGUGCAACCGCCAGGUGUACUCGACCUCUCUGGAUGGCACGCUGCGUAUCUGGGAAUUCUCCACGGGUCAGCAGCAACACUGCGUUGAUCUACAGUCGCCGCCGUCUCGUCUGGUUCUGCACCGCGAGAGCGGCCUGCUUGCGUGCGUGUGCGACGACGCUUGCGUGCGCGUGGUGGACUCUGAGUCACAGCGCGUGGUGCGCAAGUUUGCCGGCCACCGCAACCGCAUCACCGAUCUGACUUUCAGCAACGACGGCCGGUGGAUUGUCACUGCCUCGCUCGACAGCACUAUCCGCACGUGGGAUCUUCCCACUGGCCAUAUGAUUGACUGGUUCUGCGUCGAGAGCGUGCCUGUGUCGUUGACGUUCUCGCCAACGGGCGACUUUUUGGCCACCGCUCAUAUGGACAGUGUGGGAAUCUAUCUGUGGGCCAACCGCACUCAGUUCACCGAGGUCACUUUGCGCCAAAUAAACCCCAACACUAUCGAAGACGACGAGGCCACCUCGGGCGCCAACUUUGUCGCCAUGCCCACGUCAGCAGGAUUUGCCAACGAUGAGGACGUUGAGCAGUCUGGAGAUGCCGCAGCUGCCGACGAGAGCGCCGAGGCUGGUGUUUACGUACAUCCCGAGCAGCUCACCGACAACAUGGUGACGCUGUCAAGCCUACCCAAGUCUAAGUGGCAGACGCUGCUAAGCCUGGCAACGAUCAAGAAGCGCAACGCACCCGAGCGCGCACCCAAGGCGCCCGAGCUCGCGCCGUUCUUCCUGCCCACAGUUGAGGGCCUCGCCCCUCGCUUCGAUCUUGAGGCUAAGACAGAUGACGGUGCUGAGCAGAAGCCGGUGGAUCGCACCAAGAUCUCCACCGUGUCAGCGCAGUCCGGUCUGGCCCGUGCACUCUACCGUGCCCAGGAGACAAUGGCGUUCAACGCCGUGUUCGAGUACCUCAAGAAGCUCAACCCAUCAGCAAUUGAUCUGGAGAUCCGCACGCUGCCACUGAACGACAACCUCAAGGCUGUCAAGGCGUUUAUUCGGGCGUCCACUGCCCAGCUGCAGUCGAAGCGUGACUUUGAGCUGGUGCAGGCGUACCUCCAGGUCUUCCUCAGCGUCUUUGCGGACAUCAUCAAGGAAAACUCGGCCGAGAUCGAGCCGCUGCUGAAGACGCUGCGCAAGGAGUGCAAGUCCCAAUGGAACACGGUCGACGGACUCAUCAGAUACUCGGCGUGCAUGGUCGAGUUUAUGCGGACUUCCAAGUAGGCCAAAAAUCAUUCCAAUAUACAAGUACAUUUUGACAUGAUAUACAUACAUACCAUGUAUGGAAUCCAAACAUUUAAAUAAG